AGUGUAAAAACAUUUCUGGUACAAUUUGAAAACAACGUGAACAGUAGUGGUUGCGAGUGGAAUGGGUCCAGGUGUAUGCAAGGUCAGGCUACAAGGAAUAUCACCCGGCUACGCCCUGUUCUCUCUAUGCCUGCUGCGGAGAAACUGGUUCAUGCCCGUGUCUUGUCCAGACUUGACUGCUGUAAUGCCCUGCUUGCUGGGGUUACCAAGAACACCAUAAACAAAUUGCACUAUGUUCAAAACUUAGCAGCCAGGGACUUUAAUGGCCAUCUUUAACUGAUGUCACUAGGAGAGGAAGACUUCUCCUUGAUUCACUGUUCACUGGAACUAAGAACUCCUUGACCGUAACCAUGCCAGAUUCUUAUCCUUUCAGAUAUGGACUGGACCUGUCAAAUAAUUCCACAAUGAACCCAAAUCCAUCCAUGUCCAUUGACAAUCUCUUCCCAGCUCUCUUGGAAUGCUUUGGGAUUAUUCUUUGUGGAUACAUUGCUGGGAGAGCGAAUAUCAUAACAUCCUCGCAGGCCAAAGGUCUGGGUAACUUUGUCUCAAAAUUUGCACUCCCAGCUUUGCUGUUCAAGAACAUGGUGCUACUUGACUUUGCCAAUGUCGUCUGGUCUUUCCUUUGGAGUAUUCUCAUUGCCAAAGUUGCUGUAUUUAUUAUUGUCUGUGUUUUGACACUGUUGGUUGCAAGUCCUGAGAGCAGAUUCAGCAAAGCAGGACUCUACUCCAUUUUUGCUACCCAAAGCAAUGACUUUGCUUUGGGAUACCCUAUUGUUGAAGCUCUGUAUAAAAACACGUAUCCAGAUUACCUUCAGUACAUUUACCUGGUGGCUCCAGUGUCUCUCAUGAUCCUAAACCCAAUUGGGUUUGUGUUCUGCGAGAUCCAGAAGUGGAAAGUAAACAAAAAACCCCAUCAGAACAAAGUGAAAAUAGUUGGGGUGGUGUUACUUCAAGUUCUCAAAAACCCCAUUGUUUUCAUGGUCAUCAUUGGCAUUGCCUCUCACUUCAUCCUCGGCCAGAAGAUCCCAGCAGUUAUGGAGCAGUUCCUGGAUGGUCUGGCUAACUCCUUUGGUGGAUCUGCCUUGUUCUACCUCGGCCUUACGAUGGUUGGACAACUCAGGAAACUCACAAAAUCCACGUUUGUGGCACUUAUCCUCCUCAUCACAGCUAAGUUGCUGGUGAUGCCACUAAUCUGCAGAGAAAUGGUUGAAUUGCUGGACAGGAACAGCAGUUUAGUGAACCGCACUAGCCUUUCUAAUUAUGCAUUUCUCUAUGGAGUCUUCCCCACUGCACCCAGUGUGGCAAUAUAUGCAAGCCAGUACAAUAUGGAAUUGGAAGUCGUUACCUCAGGAAUGGUAAUAGGCACAUUUGUUUCUGCUCCAAUUAUGUAUGCUUCAGCUUGGUUAUUGACUAUUCCAUGGAUGGAUCCAAAGCCAUUAGUAUCUGCUCUCCAGAAUGUCAGUUUUGACAUAAGCAUCAUCAGUUUAGUUGCUUUGAUUUGGUCUGUGACCGUCAUGUUUCUUAGCAAGAAAUUUAAGAGGCUUCCGCAUUUGUUUACAACAAACCUGUUUCUAGCACAGUUUCUCACCUGUCUGGGAAUGAUUUUGUGGAACUUUAUCAUAAGACAAAACAACCUUAUUGGUCAGGUUCUGACUUUCAUUAUACUCUACAGCUCACUUUACAGUACUUACUUGUGGACAGGCCUUAUAGCACUUUCUUUACUGCUGUUGAAAAAAGAUGAUGAACCAAAGCUUCGAGCUGACAUUUUCAUAAUUGCAGGAUGGGGAAUUCCAGCAUUUGUUGUGGGAAUCCUUUUGAUGGCUGGACAGAAGGUGGUUGACCCCUUUGAUUCAGCUUUCUUUUAUGGAGAAGGUCAGGUUAUCAGCACUUCAGUGGUCCUUUCAUGCAGUAUAUUGGUGGCUGGUGUAUCACUCAUGGGUCUCGGUCGCAGCAGGCGAGAUGCAAACUACCAGCUACUGGAUCCGACAUCGUUCUCGGGCACGUCCGAAGACCUGAAGCCUCAGAACAACCGUGAAAACCAGACCAUGUCUGAUCUGCCGUCACCAGAUGCAGAAGUGAUUAGUAACAGAGAUUGCUGUGCCUGUGAGAGUGUAAACAGAGAGGUGAGCUGCUCUGUACAGCCCAUGCCUGAUAUGAUUGUUGAUGCCCAUAUGAAUGAGACUGCAGCUGUACAGACAGCUGAGUGUGUCAGUAACUGUGAGUCUCAGAUCUGCAUGCUGUCACAGGAAGAGCAGCUGCUGCACACCACCGACAGACAGCUGGCCAGACACGUGCUGCUCUGUCUCCUCCUAAUUGUGGGCCUGUUCGCUAACCUAUGUAGCUGCCUGUGGUGGCUCUUUAAUCAAGAACCAGGACGGCUUUAUGUGGAGCUUCAGUUGUUCUGUGUCAUCUUUAAUUAUGCUCAGGGCUUUAUUUCCUUUGGUAUUUUUGGGCUGGAUAAACAUUUGAUCAUCGUGCCAUUCAAAAAGAGGCUUGCACUCCUGUGGAGAGGCAAAGACAAGGUAGAAGAGCCUGAGUCUGCAGUGCCUGAGGAGAUCAUAAUGACCUGCAGACAGUUUGUAAGCUACCACAAAGAUCAGUGUGUCAAGGAUAUUGUGCAGGAGAGAAGGUGUGGCAUAAAAACUGCUGCUGGCAUAUUCUGUGGCAGUGAUCUGGUGGACUGGCUGAUCCGUGUGGGUCUGGCGCAUGAUCGUGGAGAGGCAGUGGAGUAUGGGGAGCAGCUGUUGCAAGGAGGUGUUCUGCAGCACCUUACUGAGGAAUAUGAAUUUCGUGAUGAGAGCUUGUACUAUCGCUUUAUAAAGCAGAGGAGCUGAGUGUGAUCGCAGUACUGUAGCACUAUGAGAGCACUAAAUGUGUUACAUUACUACAGGGCAGCUUUCAUAUAGAGAGGCAUUUGUAUAAACAAAAAGUAAAGAAAUGCCUUUUUUGUUCUAUUUUUGUUAAAGCACUGUACAAUAUUAUAGCACUGCCAAAAGUCUAAAUGUAAAACAUAAAUCUGUCAUAAUUUUUCAUCAUUUGAGUUAUUUAAGAAUUUUGAAUAUUUGAAAGCACAAGGAAUAGAAAAAAAGCACUUCAAUGUUCUGUUACAUUAUUCCCAGUAUGGUGGAAUUUGCCAGCUUAAACUAACUCUUCCCUUCUUGUGAAUUCACAAAGAACACAAAUGAAUCCUUAACUAAAAAGAACUAUGUUAUGUGCACUAGUAGCAUUGUAAUUCUAAAAGAGACAUUUUGUCCAUGCUGUAUGCCAUCUGGUGAGUGUUCACUGUUACUGGACCUACAGUAAGAUAAUAAAACUGACUAACUUCAUCUAUAGGGAUCUUCAUCUGAAUGUUUCCAAUAUUAUGUAUGUAUAGAUUUGACUUUAACUAAUUUGCAGAUAUUGCCAAGUCAUACUCAUGUAACUGGCUUCUCAAUGCAAGAUUUAUUCUGAAUUCCAAGCUUGUACUCUAUACUUUUAACAGUUAAGUUUUAAGUAAUAUUUGUGGACGUUGUCACAUUUUCCACAUACCAGUAUGCUGCAUGAUUCAAUUCUAAAUUAUUUUAUUAAAAAAAAAAAAAACUUUUAAACAUAAAUUGUUCUGCAGUGAAUUAUUCUGUUGUUCAUAGACAUGUUUUAAAAGAAAAAAAAACGUAUAAUUUUAUUUUGAAAUUAAUGAUUAAUGAUGGAAAAAUAUUUGUUAAUAUUGAAAAGUGAUUCUGCUAAAAAAAUAAAUAAAUAAAUAAAUAAAUCUUACUCUGAAAAAAUCAAAUGUAGAAUUCCAGCAUUAAUCUGAGACAAGUGAAUAUUCAGAGCUCUUAGGUUUGGUGGAAUAUAUACAGUAUAUAAACCCAUUUGACACUUGGUGACAAAUCUGAAUUAGUGUCUUAAACAUUUUAGUCCACCCACCAUUUUAUAGUGCAAAUACCUGUACUGUCAACCAAAGGCAAUCACAGACUUAGACUGCUAUUUUCUUUUUUAAGUUAUUCACCAUCUGUUCAUUGUUAAAGUACAUUGUUGGCAUGUUUUGAUCACAUGUAGGCCUACUGUAAUUGUAAGAGCAAAAGUACAUAUAAUACAUAUACAGUACACCCUCGCAAUAACGCCCUUCAUUAAAACGAACGUGGCCCCUGGACCCCAAAUAAAAAAUAAUAAUAUAAACACGUACUGUCACAUUGAUAGUUUGAAAAAAGGAGUAACAUAGGCUGUGUCAUGAAUAUAGGUUGUCAAAAAGCACAAGGCUUGUUCAGCAACCAUGCGACAAAGCAAAAUAAAGAAAAAAACGCUUUAGCACUUAUGUCGGGUUAAUUUGGAAUAAAAACUCAGUUUGGGAUUCUUGCAUGUUGGAUUAAGAUUUGGUGCACUUUGAAAGGAUUCAUGUAUUAUGCAUUUCUCUGUUUUUAAAGUAUUAUGGAUUUCUUGUUGUUACUGCAUCUUGUAAAUCACUUUGAUGGUGGUCCACUAUGAAAGGCGCUAUAUAAAAUAAAGAUUGAUUGAUUGA